UAGAAUGGGGGGUGGGAAUGUUCUUGUAGCUGAUGUAACAGAGAAAACUGCCUUUAUUGCAAGGCAGUCACAAUGAAAUGAAAGGUUUUAAAGAGAAAGGGGAGGAGAACAGGCCAGCGUCCCCCUCCUGACUCCGUCCUAAGCAAGAUUGUAUAAAUCCACAUUUCCCGGUAUCCCGGUCUCACCAUCAUCAUGUCACUGCUGACUCAUGUGCUGGCAUGCCUGUUUGGCAUGGGCUCAUGGGUGGCCAUUAACGGGAUGUGGGUUGAGCUGCCCUUGGUGGUACCGGAGAUCCCAGAGGGCUGGUACUUGCCCUCCUACCUCACUGUUCUCAUCCAGAUGGCCAAUAUCGGCCCUCUCUUCAUAACCCUCAUGCAUCGCUUCCGCCCGGGGACCUUGGAUGAGCGGCCGGUCAUCUACUGCAUUGUGGGAUUGGGGAUUGUCGCCACUUUCCUCCUGGCUUUCUUCUGGAAGUACACAGUAAUAGUAGGAGACUCUCUGCACAGUGUGCCCCUCCUGGUGCUAAGCUUCCUCCUGUCUGCAGUAGACUGUACCUCCUCCGUCACAUUCCUGCCCUUCAUGAUGAGACUUCGUCCGCAGUACCUCACAACAUACUUUGCAGGGGAGGGGCUCAGUGGCUUAGUGCCUGCAUUGGUGGCUCUCAUUCAAGGCGUUGGAGUAGUCCACUGUCAGAACACCUCUGUGGCUGAUGGAGCCAACAAGACAUUUGACAAUGCCACAGCAGAUGGCAGUGGAGAUCUGCAAGCCGUCUACCAACCAGCCAACUUCUCUGCUGAGGUCUUCUUCUUAUUCCUCUCCGCCAUGAUGGUGGUGUGUUUGGUAGCCUUCAUCCUACUCAACCACCAUCCGGCCGUGGCCCGCGAGAGAAAGAAUGCUUUGUACUUCAGUGAGGAACUGGAAAAGAGAGAGCAAGGCCUGUCUCUGGACAACCAAACAGCAGAACAGAAGCCAAUGAUCAGCCCCUUGGAGGUCCCAAGGAGGGAGCGAAGGUGCUCUUUCGGGACGGGGGUGUACAGCAGCCUGGAGGUGGGGUUCAUCUUUGUGGUGCUGGCCUGGGUCAAUGCUCUGACCAAUGCUGUGCUGCCCUCCGUGCAGUCCUACUCCUGUCUGCCAUACGGCAACCAGGCCUACCAUCUGGCUGCCGCUAUGGCAGCUGUUGCUAACCCCGUGGCCUGCUUUAUUGCCAUGUUUAUGCCUGUAAGAUCCCUUCUCUUUAUGGGUCUUUUGACCUUGAUCGGGACAGGCUUCGGGGCUUACAUCAUGGCCAUGGCUGCUCUGAGUCCCUGCCCUGUGCUGGUCCACAGUGCCUCUGGAACUGCAGUCAUAGUAAUAGCCUGGAUCCUGUUUGUCCUGAGCCUGUCCUAUGUGAAGGUGAUCAUCGGGGUGAUUCUGCGAGAUGAGGGGCAUAGUGCCCUCGUGUGGUGUGGAGCGGUAGUGCAGCUGGGCUCGAUGCUUGGGGCCAUGUCCAUGUUUCCGCUGGUCAGUGUCUAUGGACUGUUCAAGUCAGGCCACCCCUGUAACACCAAGUGUCCGCUGUAGUUACAGGAUAAACUUUUAUUGUAGAUGGUCAUUCACUACUAACAGUAGAAACACAAAAAGGCACUGAUUUUAGAAAUGUGGGAGUCAUGUUGUAACUGCUACACGAUUUGCAGUGUUGGAGUCAGAAUGUUUGUAUGCGGUCCCGUAAUGUGAUGUGUACUAACUGGCCUAUGGAGGAAGGGAAAUGGGAAGUUGGGAAAUAUCCUACAAUGUCAAUGUGUGAGACGGAACAAGGCCAGACUUUGAACAUCCCAAAGAUAAUAAAGAAGUGUAUAUUUUAUUGCUGAGCUCAUUACAAUUCCUUCUCAAUCAAGCAAUCAAAGCCAUCCUUCAAAUGAAAUAUGAACAAGUAUGUACAAUGUGAUGGAUAUGUAAAUAAUUGGCUUUUUUUUGUACAGAGCUGUCACUGUUAGCAUUAAAAUGUGCCUUAAUAUAUGUGUAUGACUUCAGAUGAUCUCAUUUUAGUUUGUGUUAGUUUACGGUGUAAGUAGCCGUUUUCAUUUUAACUAUAUGCACGUUAUUGCAGUGAUUAAACAACGCCCUCAGCCUGUAUUAUGAAA